AUGGGUUCCUCAAUCAGACAGAACUUCAAUGUUACUGAGAAUUCAGAUAUACAACUCUGUUAUGAAACCAUCGCUGGCUCCUGUACAAGAGUAAUCAAACCAGUUAUCUUACGAAUUAUAUUGUAUUUUAUUAUGAUAAUAAUAAUACUGACAACAUUGUGUGGAAACUUUGUGGUCAUAUUUUCAAUUGCAUACUUCAGACAACUUCAUACCAACACAAAUUAUCUGAUUCUCUCAUUGGCAGUUUGUGAUUUUUUGUUGGGAGUGCUCAUCAUGCCUUAUACAAUGUUUUUUUAUAUUGAAGGUUGCUGGUAUCUGGGAAGUUUGUUUUGUCAAAUACACACGGCCACUGACAUGAUGCUCUGCACAGCUUCCAUAUUCCACUUGUGUUCCAUCUCCAUUGACCGUUACUUUGCUGUGUGUAACCCUCUGAGUUACAAAACCAAAAUCACAUCUGAAGUCAUAUUUAUGAUGAUCAUAAUCAGCUGGAUAGUUUCUGGAAUAUUUGGUUUUACGGUGGGUUUAUUGAAGCUGAAUAUAAAAGGCACUGAGGAAUAUUAUUACAAAUAUAUUGACUGUGUAGGAGGAUGCAUUGUGUUUUUCAGUAAAUUCUUUGGACCUCUGUCCUCUUUGUUCUCAUAUUUCAUUCCUGCAUUUAUCAUGCUGGGAAUUUACUUUAAAAUAUAUUUAGUAGCCAGACAUCAGGCUAGGUCUAUCAAAGAUAUAACACAGCAAAUUCAAGAUGCUAGAGAGAACAAGAGUGAAAUUUCAAGUCAGCAGGAGAGAAAAGCUGCAAAAACCUUAGGCAUAGUAGUGGGGGUGUUUGUUUUCCUCUGGACUCCUUUUUUUGUUUGUAUUUCCACUUAUCCUAUUCUUGAGUAUACUGUGCCACCUAUUCUGAUGGACACAACAUUCUGGUUUGGCUAUUUAAACUCUGCUUGUAACCCCAUUAUUUAUGCUUUUUUUUACUCCUGGUUCAGAAAAGCAACAAAAAUUAUCAUCUCUGGAAAAAUAUUUGAAAGAGAUUCUUGUUGGGCAAAGUUAAUUACAGAAUAA